GUUAUUUAUCAAUAUUUACUUGUCGAGAUUAAGGUUAAUAACUGUGACUCUCUAACUACGGAAGUAAAUGUAUUAAGUUUAAUUAUCGUAUCGAUCAAUUUACGAAGGAAGCAUGCCGGGCCCAGUGGAACACCGGAGUGUUACACCACUAAUAAAUUUUAUUCGAGAUGUUUGUCGAGGUAAUAAAAUCGUACUGCCCCAUAGGUAUGCCGAUGACCAAUCCAAGCGUACUCAACCUCCACCAAAUAUACCGGGUGGUCCAAACCAUAAAACUUCGCAAAUUUACUAUUACACUCGAGAUGCAAGACGAGAAGUUAAACCACCAAUAUUAAUUGGUGGAGCAAAACAAAUUGAUACAGAGAAGGCAUCUAUUGCCGAAAAGAAAUUUAUCACUCCAGGGAAAACCCAUAAUUGGAGUUCUUAACUUCUCAGAAGCUAACUAUUAGUGUU